CGACGACCCGAGACAUGCAGUUGGCUUUACGACAGAUGACUGAAUGCUGUCAUCCCAGCCUCGUCAUGGCUGUUGAACGCAGAGCUCUUGUCGGUUCUUGAACAAAAGAUGGCGAUACGCACGCUCUGCUCCCGCCUCUCUAACCUUGUUAAUACCCGAUGUUGGCCCUCUGUUCAUUCUGGCCAUGGCUGUGGGACAAUGGUCUUAUCAGACAAUAAGAUGUGGAGAGGAUAUAGCUCUUCUAUCUCUUCUAAACCAAUUGCCCUCGCGUCCCUCCGUCAACCUGAACAGGCCCCUCCAAGGCCGAGACGAUCGGAGGAGAAGCCUCUCCUUCGACAACGAAUGCUGCCUCGCAAGCUCUCUAGCCUUCUUGGCCGGGCCGUUUGGUGACCCAAACCAUGUGAUAGCUUUAUCAGUGGAAGAGGUUUCGGCCUCGAAAGCUGUCAAAGUUGUCAUAGCCAUAAAUAAGCAAGCCCCUAGUGAUGGGGUUAAAAUCUUGGAGCGGAUCAAGGUUGGCUUCGAGUCCGUUUUCAGCGUUCUCGCUAGAGCAAGACCUGACAGUAAUGAGAAUGUUUACAGGGAGACCCUCUCUGCCGUUGUGUCAAUGACACGGCGCCAGAUACUCCUCCGGGUCGGCUCGAAACGCCCGGGGCUAUCCUCUGCCCACAACAAAAAGACAUUAUUCGGCGACAUUGUCCAAACCAUUAUCGAUGUCGUGCGCCAGCGCCGACGGCUUAGAGGAGAAGCUGCCCUAUUCCUUGAGAAGUCGGUCAUAUUGAAGGAUUCUCUGGAUGCUUUGGAAACAUGCGACGCCAGCGAAGUAGAUGCGAGAUUGAAGGAGAUGAUAACUGCGGCAAGUCGCCUUAACCGAGCUGUGGAUAUACCGCGCCUCCUUCAAGACAUACCCCCAAAUCUGCUGAAUCCCAGCACCCGGGAAGGAUUCUCGAGGCGCCUUGGAAAGCUUGCCCGAUACCGCGAGUGCUCCCGAUAUCUCUACCAGACUGCGAAGACGUUUGACAUCUUCGCCGAAGCAACCGUGAUUCCAAUUUCGCUGAGCGAGGAACACCUUGCCAGAGUCCCUGAAAGACUGGAUAACCCGAACUUCUUGGAAUGCUUUUCGCGCUGCAAAAAUGGUGCCAAGUUGCGUUUGGAUACAUUGUGCAGGAAGCUGGGUACGACGGAGCCCAAUAUCGCCCAACAGUUUGUCACACAGGCAAGCAAGGCAUUUAACGAGUCCAAGAUCCACGCUGAGAUCCAGAUCUUGAGUUAUUACGAACUAUCACACCCCGUCGAGAAUACCCCGAGGGUGAUCUGUUCCAACAAAGAUGCCUGCUAUCUAUGCAAUGCGUUCAUCAGGCUGCAUGGACAGUUCCACAUUCCCGCAUCCCAUGGGCGGCUCUAUCCAGCCUGGAGGCUGCCGAACCUACCGGUUUUACUCGACUUACAGGUCCAGCUUAACCUCUUCCUGGAAGCCCAAAUACUCACUGAGAGCAAAAAGCUACUCGGCUCUGCCAGGCGAGCGGCCACCAUGCUGCCGAACGAAAGCACCAUUUUCCCCAUCUCAACCUCUCUGUCCACCAUCCUCAGUUCCGCUAGGUCACAACACGAGGAUCCGCUAGUUGGUCCCUUGAACGAGCAAGCCCAGAACCCCCCCCGGGCAACAAGGACAAGUCAUCCCACCACCCCAAUCCAGCUCUCCCCGCAGCUACUGGCAGCAGGGGAACCACACGCGGCCGCCCUCGACAUGCCCAACAGUUCGGUACACUUGCCACCUCCUGGCGAGACCAGCAACACCAGCCUACCCGACAACGACAAACCCACACCCCCCGUCCCGUCCAAGUCGAGUACCCCGACGCCAACCCCCUCCCCUCCACCAACCGGCUCCGAAAUAACACCCCUAACCCGCGGCCAGCCGACAACGACACGCACCAUCAUCGGCGGCCAUGCGGCGGCGACGCGGGGCUACUCGGCAGGGAGCCUGACCGUCUUCCUGGAGGUCCCCCGGAGCCGCAGCCGCGAGCUGAGCAUCGAGUGGCUGCUUCCGGAGGAGGAUGAGGAGGACGACAACCACCGAGCAGUUGACGCCCGCUCGAUGCCCGAGGCCGUCGACGUCGACUCCGGCAGCCGCGACUGCGUCGUGCUUGCGUGCGGCCUGGACGUGGUCAGGAUCCGUGUCCGGGCGGCGGUCUGAGGCUCGGGAUCCCAACGGAUUCCCCCCCUCCCGGGCGGGCGUUAUGGGGACUUGUUACCUCGAGGAUGG